UGGGUGCGGUGAUCUCUGUCGUGUCAAGCCACGUUCAUUGGAUUGAACCACCCCGAACGGAGUCUCCAAUCCCAAGCCUCCGUUGGGUUAAUAUCUACGAAAACUAAAACAAGCGGGUAAGUAGGAGAUUAUCUGUCACUGUGGCCCCACCCAACCCAAUUGCAGUGCCUGGGAAGAAAAGUACAACUAAUCUAUAAAAAUCUCCUCCCAGUUUCCUGUUCCGUUUCAUCCAACAACAGAAUAUGGCUUUAACUGGGCUCCCCCUAGCAACCUUCUUCGUACUUCUCUCCGCUUCUUAUCUCCAGAUUGCUGGGGCGGAAGUUGAGUCGUUGACUGUGCUCAAUCUUAAUUCUCCAAUUCUUAAGAAAUCUAUUGCUCAACAGGUUAACGAAAAUCCUGAGGCAGGAUGGGAGGCUGCCAUAAAUCCUCGUUUCUCCAAUUAUACAGUUAAACAAUUUAAGCGCCUCCUUGGAGCCAAACAAACGCCUAAGAACGUACUCGGAAGUGUACCUGUUAUUUCUCAUCCCAAAUCAUUGAAGUUGCCGGUGAACUUUGAUGCAAGGACAGCCUGGUCGCAGUGUAGCACUAUUGGAAGAAUUCUUGAUCAGGGUCACUGUGGUUCUUGUUGGGCAUUUGGUGCUGUAGAAUCAUUGUCAGAUCGCUUUUGCAUUCAUUUUGAUGUUAAUAUUUCUCUCUCUGUUAAUGACCUUCUCGCAUGCUGUGGCUUUCUGUGUGGAUCUGGGUGUGAUGGGGGAUAUCCCCUUUACGCAUGGCGAUACUUAGCCCACCAUGGUGUUGUCACUGAAGAGUGUGACCCAUAUUUUGAUCAAACUGGCUGUUCUCAUCCUGGAUGUGAGCCAGCUUAUCGGACUCCCAAGUGUGUUAAAAAGUGUGUAAGUGGGAACCAGCUGUGGAAGAAGUCAAAGCACUUUAGUGUCAAUGCCUACAAGGUCAACUCUAAUCCCAAUGACAUCAUGGCAGAAGUGUACAAAAAUGGGCCAGUUGAGGUCGCAUUUACUGUUUAUGAGGAUUUUGCUCACUACAAGUCAGGAGUUUACAAACACGUCACAGGUUAUGUACUCGGCGGUCAUGCAGUGAAGCUAAUUGGUUGGGGAACAACUGAUGAUGGGGUUGACUAUUGGCUUCUCGCAAAUCAGUGGAACAGAGAAUGGGGAGAUGAUGGUUACUUCAAGAUCCGAAGGGGGACAAACGAAUGCGGGAUUGAAGAGGAGGUAACUGCUGGUUUGCCGUCUACCAAAAACCUCGUAAGAGAGGUGAUUGAUAUGGAUGAUGGCGCUGCUGUUUCAUUCUGAAUGUAAAUACGUUACCUUGACAAUUAUAUUAUAUAUAUGUAUGGGUAUUGAAAUCGGAAAAUCUGCACUAAAUGUUUCCUGUAGGCUGAACCACGCUAUUUUUAUGAUUACCAUGUUCAAAGUCAUGUUAA